AUGUUAUCAUCUUAUUGUUCAAAUCUACCUAGAUUAAUAACAACAACCACAACCACAACAACAACAACAACAACAAAAACAUCCCGUUCUAAUAUGAUGAAUCGUACAUUGAAGCCAUUGUUUACAACAUCAGCAUUGAAUAUAUAUAAUAGAAAUGAUAAUCAAAAAAUAGAUGAAUGUAUUUAUGAUGAACCAAAAGAGGAAUAUUAUUCAAUAUCAACACCAUUACAGCAACAACAGAAGUCUACUUGUACUACUACUACUACUACUAAUUAUAAUAAUAAUAGUAAUAUGAAUGCAGAUGUAUCAAAUAAUUCAACUUAUGAUUAUGGAUAUAAUUUGUCUACAUCGAAUUAUCACGGUAGACGUCAUCUUAGUUUAUCCUCAUCUCACAUUCAUCCAUCUAUUCAUUGUUCAAUGCAUGAAAGUGAUAAUUCUUUGGGAAAUGUUUGGACUUCAUCGUUCUCUGUCAAUAAUAAUAAUAAUAAUAAUAACACCAAUGUUUCCACUACUACUAAUAUCAGUAAAAGUAGUACUACUUUCCAAUCAAUUAAUAAUAUGUUCAAUGAUAAAAUGACUACUGCAGUAAAUUGUAUACAAAUUAUUCCAUCAAUGAGUAUUCCAUCAAAUAUUAUUCCUUAUUCAACAAUUACUAAUGCUACUACUACAACUACUAUUAGUAAAACUAAUAAUAAUAUAAAUCAUUAUUUGACAUCACAAGAUGAACCUUCUUGUAUGACAACAAAUUAUCGUUAUCAAUCUAUACAGAAUUCUUCUUUAUCAAUACAACAACCACCAUCUAUGCCAUUGUUAUAUCCAUUACCAGUAACAACGAAUUAUACAUCAUGUCUAUAUCAAUCUACUAUAAUAUCUCCAUCGAUUGAUAGGAAACACAUGACUACACGAUCAUCAUAUAAACAUAUGACAUCAACGACAAAUUUAGAUUUUAAUAAUCAUCCUAAUUAUUCAACAAUUUCUUCACCAUUAUCUACUAUGUUAUUAUUACAAUCACCUAAAUGUAAACAUAAUGAAUUCACUAAUUCAUCCCCAGAUACAGGAAUUGGUAUAGAAAGUACAUAUGAUCAACAAAUUACUUCUUGUACAACUGGAUCAUUUAGACCAUUCAAUUCAUAUUAUCAUUCAUUCUCUUCAUCAAAUAUGCCUGUUUGUUCAUUAUCUGAAUAUCCUUGUCAACAAUUGAAUCAAAAUAAUUCUAUUAUUACAUCUUCUACAAUGAAUAAAUACAGUAUUAGUUAUGAUAAUAAUAAUAAUAAUCCAAAUAAAUAUUUCACUUCAUGCAAAUUAACUACAUUUCCUGUACAAAAAUAA